AUGCGAUGGUUCAUAACUAUUUCUAUUUUCCUAUUAUGCACAAGUUGUGAAGCACAAAGAGUGAAACGUCAAUUUUCGAUUGAUGAUUUGAUUAGUCGAGCACUUAAUCUUGUCCGACCGAUAUUCGACACUUCGCAGCCUCUCCAGAAUGAUGAAAUGCUCCGAAAACCUCUUGAUCCUUCUCAACGAGAUAUGAGGGAGAAUGCCAUCUUAGGUGCAAGAAGAUCUUCCUUGCUUGAUGAUCUUCCUUUGUGCAAGGGGGAUAACAGAAUCUGUCAGUUCAUCUCAUGCUCUGCAGAAAACUUUAAAAAAGAUCCUGCCUUCGGUAAUAUUCAAUUAGGUGUACAGGUACUAGGAGAUGCUAAACUCAGAAAAGCUAUCAGCAGUAAUCCAGAAGCUAUCACAGCUGUCUGUAAAGAACAAGGAAUGGAUGAGAGUCAAUGUAAACUGUUUUCCAAAGGUUUUCAAUUGAUAGACAGAUUCAUUACAACUAUCGAGAAACCAGCAGGUCACGGCGUUAAAACCGUACAAGCUGAUCCUGUUCCUAUUCCAAUUCAAAAAGAUCCCGAACCAAUGAAUGAUGAACCUGAUUACGACGCUUUAACAUCUUCGGCCACAGCUUCGUCAACUAGCGGGUCAAAAACAUGGGGGACAGGUCAAAAUAAAGAACCUCAACUAAUGGAGUUGCAAAAUGAUUUAGUCGCUAGCUUGACUCCUCCACCUAUGUGGGGCUUGGCUCCCAUUGCUCCAUUCACACCUCCUGCUCCUCCAACCGCUCCUCCACUCGCAUUCCCUACAGUACCAUCUUUCAUACUUCAGCCAUUGCACAAUUUGGAGAAGUAUUUCUCUCCUGACAAGUAUCUAUUAGGAAGCGAUCAGAAUAAGGCUCCUGAAACCAACUCCAUCACUCGUUUCAAACGGGAAUCGGAAGAUUUCUAUGAUGAUGACGUAAAUAAUGAAGCUCAAAUUAGACAGAAAAGGGAUUAUUACGACGAGUUAACCAACACCGGACGGAACACCGAGGUCAAAGAAUCGUCAGGUAACAAUCCAAGUGCGAAACGAGCCCCUAUUAAUGGACAAGGUGAAGAUUACUAUGGAGGUGUCGAAGAGGAAGAACAUGUUCAAACCACUGCCCGUCCCGAAAGUGGUUUAAGGAACUGUGUCAACAUUCUUGGUAUCAACUAG